GAAACGGCUCCGGAGCCAUUCGCGCGUCGGAGGCGACGGCACCGUCAGCCCACAAUGCAUCGCGCGAAGAAAAUGGCCGCUGCCUGUGACAGCGGAGCGAUUAGCGCGAGCGGUGCAAACGCGAUGUCUGACCCCGAUAACAUUGUUGAGCGGCUGCUGGAAGCCAUUAAACAACACCCCUGUGUCUAUGACACAAAACGACUAGAUUUCCGCGACCAGCAGCGCAAGGCAAACACAUGGGAGCAGAUCAGGCAGAGCAGCGGUCUCGCCACAGUGGAAGAAUGCCACAAGCUGUGGAAGCGGUUAAGGGACCGGUUCACCCGUGAGCUCAAAGUUAUCGAGCUCGCGACGAGGAGCGGCAGCGGAUACGUGCCGAGGCAAACGUGGGAGUUCGCCGCUGCCAUGGAAUUCUACAAGCAGUGUGGCCGUCCGAGGAAGUGA